UCCUGUUUCGGUUUCUUCGUUCUCUAUGCGUUACGGGUGAACCUGAGCGUGGCGUUAGUGGAAAUGGUGGAUACAAAUACAACUGCAGCAGACAACAGAACUUCCAAAGAGUGUAAGGAGCAUUCGUCUCUCAUCAAAGUGCCUCAUAAUCAAACGGGUAAGAGGUACCCGUGGGAUGCAGAAACUCAAGGAUGGAUUCUCGGCGCUUUUUUUUAUGGCUACAUCAUCACACAGAUCCCUGGAGGAUACUUUGCCAGCAAAGUAGGGGGGAAGCUGCUGCUGGGGUACGGGAUCCUCGGCACGUCUCUCUUCACGCUGCUGACACCCAUCGCUUCGGACUUGGGGGCCGGGGCGCUCAUCGUGCUCAGAGCCCUGGAAGGACUGGGGGAGGGCGUCACCUUCCCAGCCAUGCAUGCCAUCUGGGCUUCGUGGGCUCCUCCGCUUGAAAGAAGCAAGCUUCUCAGCAUCUCAUAUGCAGGAGCACAGCUUGGGACAGUGAUUUCACUUCCUCUUUCUGGAAUAAUUUGCUACUAUAUGAAUUGGACGUAUGUCUUCUAUUUUUUUGGUAUACUCGGAAUAUUUUGGUUUAUUUUGUGGACCUGGAAAGUUAGUGACACACCAGAAAUGCACAAGACAAUCUCCAGUUAUGAAAGAGACUACAUCGCUUCAUCAUUAAAAAGUCAGCUCUCCUCGCAGAAGUCGGUGCCGUGGAUUCCCAUCUUAAAGUCGCUGCCGCUCUGGGCUAUCGUGGUGGCGCACUUUUCCUACAACUGGACGUUUUACACUUUGUUGACUCUGCUGCCUACUUACAUGAAGGAGAUCCUGAGGUUCGACGUUCAAGAGAAUGGAUUUUUGUCCGCGCUGCCUUAUUUUGGCAGUUGGUUCUUCAUGAUCCUGUCUGGUCAGGCCGCUGACAGCUUAAGGACAAAGGGGAAUUUUUCAACUCUCUGUGUUCGCAGAACUUUUACACUUGUUGGAAUGAUUGGGCCCGCGGUGUUCCUCGUGGCCGCCGGAUUCAUAGGCUGCAACUAUUCUUUGGCCGUCGCGUUCCUGACCAUUUCGACAGCCCUGGGAGGCCUGUGCUCUUCUGGAUUUAGCAUCAACCACCUGGACAUCGCCCCUUCGUACGCCGGGAUCCUGCUGGGCAUCACCAACACAUUCGCCACCAUUCCGGGCAUGGUCGGGCCCGUCAUCGCCAAGGCUCUGACCCCAGACGACACCAUCAGCGAAUGGCAAACUGUUUUCUACAUUGCUGCUGCUAUUAACAUAUUCGGAGCCAUUUUCUUCACGCUGUUCGCCAAAGGCGACGUGCAGGCCUGGGCCGUCGGCGACCACCUCGGGCACAGACACUGAGGGCGGCAGUACAGCCCCGUCCCCUGUUCCGCAUCAUGUAACCUCAGAGUGCCUUCGCCUCCGGGCGCGCGAGCCCCGUGCGCGGCGCAGCGCCGCGCCUGUGUCCAGUCUGUGAGGCUUGUAAUCAUGAGACGCCCCUGCUUCCCGGGUCAGUGAAACUGGCCCCGAGUAACGAGUACCGAGUCCGCGGGCCCGGGCCCUGCGCUGUGCGCUCCGCCUGCCAAGCAGCCUCCGCGCCGGGCGCCCGCCUCGCGGCCCUGCAGGCUGCGGCCGUCUCUGCGUCUGACCCUGGAAUCAUAUUUUUGCAGCCUUGUCCCCGACUCCUCUACGAUGGCUGAGAAUACCUGAGGGGUCCGCGUGGAUUCAAAACUUGAUUUAUGUUCCGUUGUGUUUGCUCAGCACUACCUGUAACAUUUUACUGAAUUAAAACUGUUUAAUUCUGUCGCACAAUGUGAAUACAUUUCGUAAAUUUAUUUUUAAAUGUGUAAAUAUCAAUUGCUUUACGUUGCUAUGAUGAUAUUUCUUUUAUAAAUCAGAAUAAACCUUGUGGAUUGACCUCA